UGUUGAGACAGCAGCUGUUAUCUAGCCGCUGUGUUAGUGUCUACAUUUGAAUUUCUUUCGUCCAAUAGUGGAUCAGCUACAGCCCGCGUGUCUCCCGACCUGGACCAAUCAGCGCUGCCCUGGCUCCGGCAGUUCCUUUAUAAAGCCGCUGUUGACUCCGAGCAGUAUUCUUUCUUGAGCUGUGAACACAGAGAAGACUGAGAAACUAAAAUGGCCAGAACCAAGCAGACCGCCCGUAAAUCCACCGGAGGAAAAGCUCCCAGGAAGCAGCUGGCCACCAAGGCUGCCCGUAAGAGCGCCCCGGCCACCGGCGGAGUGAAGAAGCCCCACCGUUACAGGCCCGGUACCGUGGCUCUGAGAGAGAUCCGUCGCUACCAGAAGUCCACCGAGCUGCUGAUCCGCAAGCUGCCCUUCCAGCGCCUGGUGAGGGAGAUCGCUCAGGACUUCAAGACCGACCUGCGCUUCCAGAGCUCCGCCGUCAUGGCUCUGCAGGAGGCCAGCGAGGCUUACCUGGUCGGCCUGUUCGAGGACACCAACCUGUGCGCCAUCCACGCCAAGAGGGUCACCAUCAUGCCCAAAGACAUCCAGCUGGCCCGCCGUAUCCGCGGAGAGAGGGCUUAAACUCCCCACAGACCAGCCUACAAACACACAACGGCUCUUUUAAGAGCCAC